AUGCCUCCGUCUCAAUCCAGAGCUUUGUCUCAUUCGAUCCAUCUCAUCCCUCACGAGGCCCAAACCUCUACUUUCUUAAUCAUCGAUGUCACCUAUCGUGCCACAACGUCGAAGUCGCUGUUCAACUUCUCCUCGAAAGCUCACCGUUCAACCUCCUCCUUCAUUCAAGUUCAGCUUUUCCGAAACAGAAACGAACAUAGUUGCGCUUCUGCAGUAAAUGAUGUUGAUACCAAAUCUUGCUGCCUGAGUAUGAAGAUGCAGGUUAUUAUAGAGAGACACAAAAAGGAAGCAACGACUUUCAUUGUAGAAUGUGUGGACAGGCUCGAACUGACGACAAAGGGCUUGAAGAAAGCUUGCGGCUGGUUUGUGUUUGAUGCAGCAGGGCACCACAUGGCUUAA